AUUUCUGGCUGCAUUACCUCAUGCCAGAGAGAAGAUGCUGCUCAGCUGCACCAGUUUAUAUUGCAUGCAGCUCUGGAUAUUGUUCAGGACCUUGCAUGGACUACUAGUGCAAUGUUCUUGAAAGCAAUUGACAGGUUCAAUGAAUUUGUUCUUGUUGUUUUUGUUUUUAUCAUACAUACGCGGCUUAUGCUACUUCAUGACUCUCGUAAUGAUGAUGGAAUCAAGAGCUUUUUCCAAGAGGUCCAUGAGCUUUAUGUAAAGAUUCUUCUUAAUCCACUAUAUUUGCCUGGCUCCCGCAUCACAUCAUCCCAUUUCGAUACAAAAGUCCGUGCACUUGCAAGAAAAUAUCUUUGACUAAUAUCAGAACUUGUGACUUUGCAAAAUGAGCUGGACUUCAAGCCUUCAACAUCUCCAUUUCUUGAUGCGUUGAUCACAUGGAGAAAUCCCAACUUUGCUUUGAAUUUAGUUAGUGCAUGACUCUAUCCAGUAUAUGAUUUUACUUUUAAUCUGACCCCUUUUGUUGGUGUUCGUGACAAAUACCAAAAACGAAGGGAGCAUCUUUGAAUUGGUCAUCGCACCAAUGGCCAGGCUUUUUAGUCACCAAGUCUUCGGUCAUUUAUAUUUCUUGUAACAGACAGAAGGGUCUUCUAAGGGUAGGGUUGCCUCAGUUAUAUGUACUCAGG